GCACACAGAACCUUCAACUUCUGGCGGGUUUGGGAUUGGAUUGGAAGAACUCAUUCAGCUAUUCAAAGAUCGUAGCCUCGAAACUUUGAAUCGAUAUCAUGGGGUUCAUGGGUUAUCAAAUCUACUGAGGACUGACUUGAAACUGGGCAUAGAUCGGCACUAUGAGGAGAUACAGCAUCGCAGGAACACAUUUGGGUCGAACACAUACCCUUGCAGAAAGGGAAAGAGUUUCUGGUGCUUUCUCUGGAGAGCUAGCCAGUCUCCUCAUUUGCUGCUUAUCAUGCUUGCUGCUCUAUGUUUUUUGCUGCUGCGGAUUUUCACAAUGGGUGUCCUCGAUGGAUUGUAUGUAGAAGCCUGCAUCAUUUUGACCACUGUUCUUGACAUCAUUGUGAGAGCUACCGCCGAGUACAAGCAUUCUUGUUGGUAUGAAAAGUUGACUGAGGAGAAGAGAAACGUGUAUCUAGAGGUUAUUAGAGGUGGCAGAAGAUUCAUGGUUUCUAUCUAUGAUAUUGUUGUCGGCGAUAUUGUACCCCUCAAGAAUGGUUUUCAGGUACCUGCAGAUGGUGUCCUGUUUGUUGCCAACUCGUUGAAAGUUGACGAGCAAGAAAUUACUGGCUCAGACGAAAUUGUUCAAAAAGAUCUUCAAAGUAAUCCGUUCCUGUUAUCUGGCUCAAAACUUAUAGAAGGCAUAGGUACAAUGCUGGUUACAACUGUUGGAAAGAACACUGGAUGGUGGUUGAAGAUGGAGGAGAUUCGACAUGAGACUGAAGACCAAAAGCCCUUUCAGGGAUACUUGCAAUGGCUUGCGAUUUCUGCCAACUGCUUAGUCCUUUUGUUUGCUUCAGUUGCCGUUAUUGUUCAGUUGGGCCUAUACUUUAGUGGUAAGACCAAAAAGUCAGAUGGAACUCCAAUGUUUAUUCACGGACAUACCUCUGCCCAUGAAGCAACAGAAUUUGUGAUCAAAUCCCUGAGUUUUAUGAUUGCAACAAUAAUAGUGGCAGUGCCUGUUGGACUUUCUAUAGCUGUUCGCUUGAACCUUGCAAAGACAAUGAGAAAAAUGAUGAGAGACAAAGUUUUGGUGCAAACACUCUCUGCAUGUGAAAGAAUGGGAUCUGUUACAACUAUAGUAUGUCAUAAAACUGGAAUUUUAACUUUGAAUCAGAUGUCGGUGGUCGAUGUCUGGGCUGGAGGAAGAAGAAUACAAGAUAUGGAUAAUGUUUCACAGUUGCCCACGUUUCUUAAAGAACUAAUCAUUGAAGGCAUUGCCCAAAACACAAAUGGCAGUGUUGUUUCUGAAACGGGAGCCACUGUACCAGAGGUUUAUGGAUCACCGACAGAACAGGCCAUUCUUCGCUUGGGGAAUAAGUUGGGAAUGAAAUUUGAUGAUGCUAGGUCAGCAUCAUUAGUCCAUCAUAUUAUACCAUUCAAUCCAAAGAAGAAAUAUGGAGGUGUGGCACUACAGCUUGGUACACGAGCCCACGUUCAUUGGACAGGAUUUGCAAAAGUUAUUUUGAGUAAAUGCGAAUGGUAUAUGGAUGGGGCCAACAACCCCAGAACUAUUGAUGAACAGCAACGAAAGUUCUUUGAAGGAACAAUUGAAAACAUGUGUAAGGAAGGACUGCGUUGUGCUGCACUUGCUUAUCAACCUUAUCACCUGGGAAGUCUUCCAACCAAUGAGAAACUUUCUAUAAUACCUCAAGACCUUGUUUUGUUGGCUAUUAUUGGUAUCAAGGAUCCUUGCCGGCCAGACACAAGGGAUGCGAUUCAACUGUGCAAUUCCGGAGGUGUUCAGGUUUGCAUGGUGACAGACGAAGACGUUUGGACUGCACAAGCGAAAGCAAUGGAAUGUGGGAUAUUGAGGGAUGCAUCUGGCCGUAAUAUAAGGACAGGAGCUCAAUUUCGUGAUCUUUCCGAUUCAGAGAGAGAGCAGAUCGCCGGAGAGAUCUUGGUUCUUGCUGAAUCUUCUCCCAGCGACAACCUUCUGCUUGUCGAAGCACUGACGAGAAUAGGGCAUGUAGUUGCAGCCACAGGGAUGGGAAUACAUGAUUCAAAGACACUACUCGCGGCGGAUGUUAGCCUUGCUAUGGGAACUGGAGGAACCACAGCAGCAAAAGAGAAUUCCGAUAUCAUUAUACAGGAUGAUAAUUUUGCUACGAUUGUCAAGUGUAUCAUAUGGUCUCGAUCUCUAUACACCAAUAUCCAGAGAUCUAUCCUAUUCCGGCUCACUGUCAGUGUAUCAGCAUUAACUCUCUGUGUGGUUGAGGUUGUGGUUUAUGAUGCAUUUCCACUUAACGCCGUGCAGCUUCUGUUGCUUAAUCUUAGUAUCGACAUCUUAGGAGCAUUUGCAUUGGCAUACCGACCAAGAGCUGAUCGCCUCCUAAUGGGAAAGCCACCGGUUGGUAUAAGAGACCCUCUUAUUACCAAGACGAUGUGGUCCAAGUUGAUAAUACAGGUAUUUUACCUAGUGGUGUCGCUGGUACUCAUAAACUCUGAGAAGCUAAAGCAUGGUCCUAGCAGCAAUGCUGAAAAAGUGAUGAACACAUUUAUAUUCAAUUCCUUUGUCUUCUGCCUGAUGUUUAAUGAGUUUGAAAUCCAAAGCAUAGACCAAACCUUUAAAGAAAUCUUCAGAGAGAACAUGUUUCUCGUUACAAUAACCUCAACUAUUAUAUUUCAGAUAAUCGUAAUGGAGUUCGCAGGCAUGUUCGUUUCUUCAGUCAAGCUUGACAUGAAAAAAUUGGUGACGACAAGUCUUUUGGGAUUGCUCAGCCAAGUGGCCACUCGCUUCCCUUACCCAGAAAACCAAUACUACCGUAACUGAGAUUUAUCUUACCAUAUAGGCACAACUACCGUCAACUUCUGAAGCAUCCUUCUAGCUAUGGUCGCUUAGGAGGUUUUUGUUCUCUGCGUGGGUCUGCGUGAGAGACUAUAUAAUGCCGGAUUAUUGUGCUGUGUAUAUAUUAUAGUACAGCUAGUUCAGUCAAAUUCAUUUCCUCUUCAACAUAUGUAGAGCGAAAUGAGUGAGAGUCAUAUAUUUAUAUAAGUUUUGUUCAAUCAAUUCGUCUCUUCAUU